AUUCCCGCACAUGGCCCAUUCCCGCUUCAACGCUCACCGUUCAACGCAACUUGGGCCAAGCACCGUGGACCAAGCCGAGCUAACGGACAGCCCGCUCAUUGUGCUUCAUCAUUCCCGCACGUGGACUGACCUCCUCUACACCCAUGCACACUUGAUCCACUCCUGCACAUGGGACUUCAACAAGGGCCACGCACAUGGGACUUCACCGUGGACGUUUUCCCACACAUGGACCCACCGAGCGCUCAACACCCACGGACAGCCCACUCACGCCUCAACUCUCGCACGUGGGCCAUCAGCACGCGUGGACAGCAAUUGGCAAUUAGGACCACUCCUCUGCACCUAUUUAAAGGCUCUUCAGUGCACAAUUCAAUCCCAAUUCUAAUUCGGCAGUGCUCGGCGCAAGGUAGAAGGCAGAAUUCAAUAUCCUUCGAUCUGCCACCCUCAACAAUGCUACUGAGCAAUUACCUUCUGCACCUACUGUCAAGACUGCUGUUCCAAGAAACAGAACCAGCUGCUGUCCGAAAGGCAGCCAUAAACACUGCUGCUCAAACAACACCUGCUGAAUUUGUUGCUAUCCAAAAAACAGCAUAUGCAGAAAUCACAGAACAAGCGUUACCUGCUGUCCAGGAGAUAGCACACACAGAAAUUACCUCAACAGAACCAGAAUCUGCAGAACCAGCCCUUGCAAACACAGCUGCAGAAAUUGCCCAAACAGCUGCUGAGAUGGCUGAAUUUCAUGUGCAAUCUACUGCCCCUGUUCAAAGACCAGCUGGACCUGCUGUACAUGCUGAUAUUGAAUCAGAAAAUCCAGCCAAGAGGGCACCAAUACCAAGAGAAAGAACACUGAGAGAGUUGGCAGCCCCUGUUGAUGAUCAAGAAAUUGCCCCUUUACCGACUAAUAGACUUCUCCAUCCCUAAGAUGCUUGUCUACCCACAGGAGCAUCCAUAAAAUUAGAAAAGAAAAAAAUAAAUACCUUCCAUUAUACGAGCCCACAAAGAAUGGGAAUGCUUAGUAACUAUCCAGGCUUGUUUUGCUAAUAAAGCAUCGUUGAUGUGCAAGUCUUUAAAAACCAUGCCUCCCUCUUUCUUACUCCAAGAUAAUUUUUUUCCAGCUCAUCCAGUGGAUAUUUGCUUUAUCAAAAGAACUUCUCCAUCAAAAUUGGGCUACUACUUGAUGGAUUUCCUGAAUGAAAGUUGUACGAAGCUUGAAAGAAGUCAUGAUAAAAGAAGGGAUUGUCUACACAACUACCUUGAUAAGAACUUCCUUGCCAGCUUAUGAGAGGAGUUUAAUUUUCCAUCCUUCAAGCAUUUUUAUAACUCUCUCCUUAAUAUAGUUUAAAGCUUGAAUUUUUUACCUAUCCCACUCCACAAGAAUGCCAAGAUACUUAGAUAGAGAUCUAGAAUUUGAUAAUCCUAGCAAUGAGAAAAUUUUUUCCUACAUAGAAAUAUGUACAUUAUGGCUGAAAGAUAUA